GCCAUAUACCCAAUGGUAGCGACACCUACUACAGCUGCAUGUUGGGAUUUGGAGUUGAGGGGACAUUCACUUCCUCUUCAGUUUGCCAAGGUAGAAAGUUUCAGGACAGACUCGGUCAAGUUUGUAGCUGGGUUAGCUAGUCAUCACAGGCGAGGAUUCAUCGUUGUAAGAUUCAGCCACAAAGGCUAAAUGUCUAGCACUUCCUUCAGGCCAAUUACGGCAGUGGCCUGGACAUCCAGCGGCACCACCUGCCCUGGCCAUUUCACUCUGAUCAGCGUGACUGAGGAUGGAGCUACUGCCAGCUUCACCAGGGGCUUCGGCCUGAAGUCAGGCUACUACCUGUGUUGCAGUAAGGAUCUGUCAGGUGGAAUGGUGGUGUCUGAUGUACAGGUGAUCUCCGAUAAAGAGACCCUUCCCCAUGGCUACUGCUACAUUCCAGAGUACAUGGAUUCCAAGGUCUCUGUCUGGAAGAAGAAGCGAGUUUGUGUACGUAUUGUUCCUGUGGACAGCGUCACCACAGCAGUUUUGGACAUUCGAAUUACGGCCAAGAGCAAGAUGAUGCUUCAGCAAUAUACCUGCCUAGGGGACAUGCUGGGCUAUGUGCUAUGGUGUAUGAAGGGACCCUUCUCCAUUCCUGUGCCACAGGCAAAACCUCGCCGUAUCAGUUUAGAUAUCGGCAAGAUGUCACUGGAUGGAGCAGCACCACCACUUCCUCUCAGACCCAGCAACCAGCCUGCAGCACCACCUAGGCUCAGCCGUCGCCAUAGCAACUUGGAUGUGAAGGAAUCUCCUGAGCGUGUGUGUGAUGGCACUAAUAUCCAUGGCAUCACAGCAAUGGAUGGGGUUCCGUUUGCUCUGCACCCAAAGUUUGAGGCCCGGGCUAGUGAAACGGUGUCCAUGACAUUACUGGAUGACAUUCGCAUUAAAUCAGUCCAAGACAUAGAAAAUGAGUAUAACUACACCUUUGCAGUGGAGGAGCUUGCUGCCAAGCGAUCUUGCCCCUCAGUGACAUCACUCACAUAAGCCCUAGAUACCACACUCUGCUGCCCUUUUUAGGGAAUCCUUUCACCAAAACGUCUAUCCUUGAUUAAUAAUGUAUGAAAACUGUUGGCAUCAGGUGUGAUAACUUGGCCUCACUGAAUUCCCUUUGGCUUUACCCAUUUUUGCACUUUAUAUCCAAGUCUUGAUCAUGGAAUUUUUUACACAAUGGUUUCUUUCUUACUAGAUAGUAAUCAUGUGCCGUACAAGUUUAUCCUGUCUCUAAUCUAAGAUGACCCUGCUUGGAGAAAUAUUUUGUAUCUUAAACCAAAAAGAAAUCUAGCCUAUUUAUAAUCUGAUGUAAUGGUGUAAAAACAAAACAAAAAAAACAUGUGAUUGACCCACACCAUGGGUCUUUAGUCGUCCUGGCCUUAAAUUGGCUUAAUCAUGAAUGCUGAAUAUGAGCUACAGCUAAAUGCCACAGUAGACUAACUGCAGUGGCACAUUCAUGACCUCACCACACCUGACAUGCCAUCCAGCUGAGCAUUCUGAAGGUUGUAGAAAAUUAAAGUUCCUUCUGUUCUCUAUUGAACUACACUUAACCCACAGGGUGCCAUAAGCUCUUUGUGCCUUUCACAUUCCGUUUAUAGAAGUCAACCAUACACAGGCUAUGAUUCCACAUACUCAGUCUAUGCAAGAGCUCAAUGUCUAAUGAAAUAUAAACUAUUAGAUCUAUUAGUGGGUUUAUUUUGGAUUAUAGUUACAUUUGUCUUACAUGCAGAAACAAAAUUUUAAAUUAUUGUGUUUGCCCUGGGACCUAACUUUAUGGGUAUUUUUCUAUGCAUAUAAUGUACUUUGUUCUGUGGGCGCAUAUGCGCGCAUGUGCUACGACUAUCAUAAAUUUACAACAUGUUA